AUGACUCGAGGAGGAUCAACACUGCUCGCGAUCGCAAUGGUGGGAGCCGGGUAUCUCAGCGCCAUGUGCACAACGCCACCGAACCCAUCCCCCUCUCAAAAAGACCGACACAAGACAGACCGCAUCAGCUUCGUGGCAGGCAGCUACGUCACCUUUAUCCGACGCACCGCCGUAACAGUCAUCACAUACCACGCGCUGCUCACAGUAGUCCCGGACUACGCGCCCGCCCACGUAUCACAAUUCUGUCCGCACCCACAAAACCCAACCCCAUCCCUCUUCACCUGGAACUCAACCACCAUCGCUUGUCUACUGGCAAUCUACAUCGGCGCCUUUGUGCGCCUGUCGGCGUUUGGCGGUCUCGGCCGCCAUUUCACCUUCCAUCUCGCGGCGCCCGAUGAGCUCGUCACGACCGGCAUCUAUCGCUGGGUGCAGCAUCCCAGCUAUCUAGGCCAGGCGCUGAUCUCGGUCGCGUGUACGGUGUUGUUUGUGCGGUGGGAUGGGGCGCCGGCGUGCUGGAUUGCCGGGUCGACUUUGGCGCGGUGGGACGGCGUUGGGGUUUGGGUUGCUGCGGCGUUUAUGGGCUUUGGGCUGUGGGUUCUUGUUACGAGGGUGCGGGAUGAGGAGGAGAUGUUGAGACAGACUUUUGGGAAGAAGUGGGAGGAGUGGCAUCGGAAGACGAGUAGGGCUAUUCCAUAUAUUUUCUGA